GCCGUAUCGUGCUCGUGUUUUUGUCGCUAUGCUGACAUUUCUUUCGUGUGUUUCAUCGCGCUGUAAAAUGUCAAAAUGCGCGAGGCUCUAAAAAAUUGGUUUGAAUUGAACGGAACGGAAAUCGCCAAAGUCGCAACUGAUCAACACCACACAAUUAUCCGAUUAAAUUAACAAAAACCACUAAUUAAAAUUGCAUAAAUAAGUAGACUAAUUAUAUAUUGUAGUUGCAAAGAAAAUUGCAAACAAAUAAAUCAAAUAUUAAUUAGAAACUUGCAUAAAAUACUCAUAAUAGUCGUAAAUUUAAAUGGAAGUGAACAACAAAAAAGAAGAAAAAGUGCUUUGUGUGUGUGUUUGUAUGAAUAUAUAUUGUGCAUAUAAAUCAAUAAGAGCAAAAGUCCGCUGUAGCAGUCGGGCUUAAAUAUUUAAUUUGGUUUUAGCAUGGCCUAAACACAUAAGUGGCAAUAAAAUUUUUUGCGCUCUCACUCUGCGUGUGCAUGUGUAUAAAUAAAUAAGUAAACUGCGAACAGACAGACAGAUAUGUUAUGUUUGUUGUUUCGGUGUGACCAACUCGUAUCGUAGACCGCUGUCGCCGCGUGUGUGUGUCCUUUAUUUAUGAGACAGAAAAACAAAAGGAAAAAGCCGGACCUAAACGAAGUCGCAAAGCGAUUCAAGUUCAAGCGCAAAACUUUUGCACACAAAUUUAUUGCCAUCUGGCCCCCCGUUUAACCUUUUGUAAAUGUUUUGGCGCAUCGCCGUCGCGCUCGCGCAAUCCUUCGCAACUCGUGUACUCUCGAGUCCUGCGGGCAUCGUUUGCAACACACACAAAAUAUAACGGGCAACAAAUAAAAAGGGAAAAUCUUAAAAAAAGUGGAAGUAAAAUAAAAGAGCAUACGGAGGAAAAGCGCUCAUAAAAGCCAAUACAAACGAUGCUACUGCUUCCGCUCCCGUGCGCACACACACACACACACACAUAAUACUUACACACACAUCUACACACGCAGGCCGGCACACACGUCGUGAGUGUAUGCGAAGAGUAGCUGCAAUGGACCAACAAAGAAAAUAAUGAAUUUCCAUAGAAAAUAACCAAACAAAUAAAAAUAAAUAAAAAAAAAAAGAGGAAACCAAUUAAACAGCUUUAAAAAAAAUUCUCCACAACAGAACCAAGAAACGCAAACCCAAAACAAACUGACCAAAUAAAAUGCUAUAAAUGUGUGCUGUGUAUAAAAAUAAAUGAAAACAAAAAGUAAAUAAAUGAAUUGUUAAUUAAAUGUAAAUAAAUGUUGAAUUUAGUGUGCUUAACUUAAACUGAGGACCAACAAAAAACAAAAACAGGAAACAGAUAUCCAACUACACACAAAACAAAAUAUAAUAAAUGAAUAUAACAAGGAAAUUUAAUUGAAUUUUGUAUAAAACUUUCUAAGCUGCUGUGCAACAUCAAUGUGAGACUUGUGCAUAACCUUAACCAACAAUAGAACAACAACUAGUUAAACUAACUAUAUCAAAUAUAGAAUUUAAUAGAACAUUUAUAUAUUUAAGUGUACAUAUGACCAAAUAAAUGGUACACAGUUUGGUAAAAGCUUUAAUUAGUGCUUAAGUGUAAGAGUGUAAAUCGAGGCUCACUGUUAGUGUCAAUUGACCAAGGAUUCAUGUAAAUAUCGAACACAUACACACACAAUCUAUAACAACUGAAAGUGUAACUCUAGACUGUGCUUAAAACAUACAAAACUAUUUAACUAACUAUAUACAUAAACUAUUCAAGAAUUUUGAACAGCAUUUAAAUAAAACUUAAACGUCAGAAUGUCAAUGUUCUUCUUUCGCUUGCAUAAUCUCCAGCGCGCCGAGGAGAACAAGCGCAAGAAGCGCGUGGAGCAACAGCGUCAACAGCAGCGCCAGCGUCGAGGCGCCAAGGUCUUCAAAUGUGUCAGCGACUCAACUGGCCACCUGACGCUGGCGCCAUCUCGACUCUUCGAGCGCACGCCAAUGAGUCCAUCCGACAGCCUGGACGAGAUUGCGCUCCAAAUACCAAGAGUGCGUGUGGAGUACUAUGUGAAUGAAAACACAUUCAAAGAAAGACUGCAACUCUAUUUCAUUAAGAAUCAGCGUUCAAGCUUACGCAUACGAAUUGCCGAUUUAUUCCUUAAGUUACUGUCGUGUGUUCUCUACAUAAUACGUGUGAUAUUGGAUAAAAAUCCAACAUUUAUAACAUGCUAUGGCUGCGAAGUGGCCAAUAAGACAGAGUUUAUCAUCUCUGCCAAGCUGACGGAGGAGGAGUUCCAAGAAAAUCCAAUUAUCAACUGGGAUGCAAUACUCUGGGUGAAUCGACCCACGGUGCUCUGGGUGCUACAAUUACUGCUGGCCAUGGUGUCAUUAACUCAAUCUUUGGUUCUAACAUAUCUAGGUUAUAAGGGCAACAUAUGGCAGCAAAUACUCUCAUUUCACUUUAUACUAGAAUUAGUAACGACAAUACCCUUUGCACUAACGAUUGUGCAUCCGCCGCUGCGCAAUCUUUUCAUACCUAUUUUCCUGAACUGUUGGCUGGCCAAACGUUCGCUGGAGAACAUGUUUAACGAUUUGCAUCGAGCCAUGCAAAAAUCACAAUCGGCUUUGUCGCAACAGUUGACAAUAUUGUCGGCAACGUUGUUGUGCCUUGUCUUCACCAGUGUUUGCGGCAUUCAGCAUUUUCAGCGCGCCGGACAUCGUCAUUUGAAUCUGUUUCAGAGCACCUAUUACGUGGUUGUGACCUUCUCCACGGUUGGUUACGGCGAUUUAGUGCCAGAUAUUUGGCCAUCCCAGCUCUAUAUGGUCAUCAUGAUUUGUGUAGCGCUGAUUGUGCUGCCCACGCAGUUUGAGCAAUUGGCAUUCACGUGGAUGGAGCGACAGAAGCUGGGAGGCAGCUACUCAUCGCAUCGAGCGCAGAGCGAGAAGCAUGUCGUGGUGUGCUCGACAACGCUGCAUGCAGACACAAUAAUGGACUUUCUCAACGAGUUCUAUGCGCAUCCCCUGCUGCAGGACUUCUAUGUGGUGCUGCUUAGCCCCAUGGAGCUGGACACAACGAUGCGUAUGAUAUUGCAGGUGCCCAUUUGGGCGCAGCGUGUCAUCUACAUACAGGGCUCGUGUUUGAAGGACGGCGAUUUGGCGCGAGCACGCAUGAACGAGGCGGAGGCAUGCUUUAUAUUGGCUGCUCGCAACUAUGCGGAUAAAACGGCGGCCGAUGAGCACACUAUACUUCGGUCGUGGGCCGUCAAGGACUUUGCACCGAAUGUGCCGCAGUAUGUUCAAAUAUUUCGGCCGGAGCAUAAGCUGCAUGUGAAGUUCGCCGAACACGUGGUCUGCGAGGAUGAGUUCAAGUACGCGCUGUUGGCCAACAACUGCACCUGUCCCGGCGCCAGCACCUUGGUCACCCUUCUGCUCCACACGUCACGAGGACAAGAGGGACAACAAUCGCCGGAGGAAUGGCAUCGACUCUAUGGCAAGUGUUCGGGCAAUGAGAUCUAUCACAUUGUGCUCGGCGACAGUCGCUUCUUUGGGGAGUACGAGGGUAAAAGUUUCACCUAUGCCAGCUUUCAUUCGCAUCGCAAGUAUGGUGUGGCCUUGGUGGGCGUGCGUCCGGCUGAGCUGCCGGAAUUCUAUGAGGACACCAUACUGCUGAAUCCGGGACCCAGGCACAUUAUGAAAAAGGAUGACACGUGCUAUUAUAUGAGCAUUACCAAGGAGGAGAAUUCGGCAUUUGUCGUUAAUCAAAAUCAAACUACGGAUACAACGGCAGCCAGCAACAGAGAUGGAGGCGCCACAAGCAGCUCUGCCAUCGGAGGAGGCGGUGGCCCAGCAACUGCCAAUACAACAAUACCAACAACAAUAACAUCAACAACAAUACAAGCAACAACCAGUACAACAACAUCAACAACAACAACAGUAACAACAACAAUUAGCACGACUUUCACAUCAUCAACAUUAUUAUCAGCAUCAGCAUCAGCAUCAACAACAGCAACAGCAACAACAAUAGCAACAACAGCAACCGCUUUGAACCAAGCGGCAAUUGCACCAGUGCCGUCUGUUUGUGUUCGUGUGCCCCACAGUCCCAGUUAUGAGUCUGCCGGAGGCACGCCCCUAACCGAGCGGCAACACUUGCAACCGUAUCCGUAUUCGUAUCCGCCACCGUCACCGUCACCGUUUUCGUAUCCGCAACAACUGCUACAACAACAACAACAACAACAAACAAGUGACAGUGACUUUACAACACUAUUUGUGCCCAGCGACAACCCAACGGCUGUGAUAAUAUCGGACUCAAGGCAAAAUCUGAAGGACACAACGGUCAGCACAACGCAAUUGGCAACGACGGCGGCCACAACAACGACAGCGAUAACAACAACAACGCUCCCGCUGACAAUGGGCGGAGCAAGUGGUUCAGGUAUGGGACAAGGUGGAUCCAGCAGCAGUGGAGCCAGCGGAGCAGGACCCACAGCUGGUGGCCUAGGGGUCGGCCUCAAUAUGGGCACCUCGCUAAGCGUAACACCUGCCACACUGACCACAACGGGCAAUCAUCUGGACGUGCCGUAUGCCAACAAUCCCAAUCUGCUCAGUCCCGAUGUGCUCAAUCAGCGUAGAGGCAGCAGACGACCCUCGAUUUUGCCUGUCCCCGAUAUGUUUACAUCGUCGUCGUUCAGUAUUGCUGGCAACGAUGAUGGCGAGGAGGGUGACGAGAGCGACGAUGAAAUCGAUGAUGAAAUGCCCUGGCGUUCGCCUUCCGAGAAGAUUGCUUGCUUGGGUGGGCACUUUCCACAAUCGCGCACCUAUUCGCUCAUCAUGAGCUCCUCGGAGGACUCGUAUCAGCGCGGUGCUGGCUCCUGUGGCCAUUGCAAUGCCACCACAGUGGUGGGGCAGGCAGCACCACAAUCACAACCACUAUCACAGCCACUUCAACCACAACCAGCAGCAGCACCACCGCAUUACGAGUGGCCAGCACCGCUGCGCAGACGCGCCAUGAAGAAGAGCUACAGCUGCGACAGCGAGUGCGCAUUGCCCACCAGCCAGCGGCUGAAUGUGGGUCUCAAUCUCGGUCUUGGCCUCGGUCUUGGUGGCCUCGGUGGUGGCACCUGCACGUUGGCUGUGCUGGCGGCACGACGGCGUCAGUUGCAACGCGCCUGCUGCAGUUGCUCGCACGAUAGCUGUGGCAGCAACAUCACAACCACCACCACCAGCACCGCAGCGGCUGCUAUGGCCACAGCUGUUGGCGGUGGUGGUGGCGGUGGUGUUGGCGGUGGCGGUGUCGCCUCAAUGCUCGGCCAGCCGCCAGCAUUUUCGUUCACGUCAAGCAGCUCGAUUGAGACGCGGCGUCUGGCGCGUCCCGUGUGGGCCGCCGACUAUUCCGGUAUUGUCAAAGGAUUUCCCCCAGUGUCGCCCUUCAUCGGUGUCAGUCCGACUCUCUGCUACCUGCUCAAAGAGAAGAAACCACUCUGCUGCCUGCAGUUGGCUCAGGUCUGCGAGCACUGCAGUUAUCGCAAUGCCAAGGAGUAUCAGUGGCAGAACAAGACAAUCAUUCUGGCCGCUGACUAUGCCUCGAAUGGCAUCUACAACUUCAUCAUUCCGCUGCGUGCUCACUUCCGUUCAAAGACCUCAUUGAAUCCCAUCAUCUUGCUGCUCGAGCGUCGUCCCGAUGUCGCCUUUCUCGAUGCCCUCUCCUACUUCCCGCUGGUUUACUGGAUGCUUGGUUCCAUCGACUGCCUUGACGAUCUGCUGCGAGCGGGAAUCACGCUGGCCGAGAGCGUCGUCGUGGUCAACAAGGAGCUCUCCAAUUCCGCCGAGGAGGAUUCCCUUUCCGACUGCAACACAAUCGUGGCAGUGCAGAAUAUGUUCAAAUUCUUUCCGAGCAUCAAGAGCAUCACGGAGCUGUCGCAGAGCUCGAACAUGAGAUUCAUGCAGUUCCGGGCGCACGACAAAUACGCGCUGCACCUGAGCAAAAUGGAGAAGCGCGAGAAGGAGCGCGGUUCACACAUCUCGUACAUGUUUCGUCUCCCCUUCGCCGCCGGUGCGGUCUUCAGUGCCUCGAUGCUGGACACGCUGCUCUAUCAGGCGUUUGUCAAGGAUUAUGUGAUUACCUUUGUGCGCUUGCUGCUGGGCAUUGAUCAGGCUCCAGGCAGCGGAUUUCUCACUUCGAUGCGCAUCACUAAAGACGAUAUGUGGAUACGCACCUAUGGGCGAUUGUAUCAGAAACUCUGUUCGACCACCUGCGAAAUACCCAUUGGCAUUUAUCGCACACAGGACACAUCGAAUGCGGACACAUCACAUGUGAGUAACUCGCCGGUCGAAAGAUGGGGACCCUUCUCCGCCUUCAGCAGGCAUUGUGUGCGCUUGCGUCCAUCGUAUGAUGAGGAGACUGGCACUCCAGAUUCGACAAAGGACAGCACGGAAAUGCUCCGAGGUGUUACGUAUCGACCGCCGUCGUCAGGUGGCGCCACAGGCACAGGCAGUUACCGUCCCCGUCAGAAGUCGGUCAACUGUCUCGGUGGCUGCUCGGAGCGGAAGGGAUCAUCCUACUCGAUCAAUUUGGCCGACGAGGCACGCGAUAAUCAUGCCCAGCAGAUCGAGCGAGCGGAAAUCGCGAAUCUGGUGCGCAGUCGCAUGGAGUCAUUGAAUCUGCCCACCAUCGAUUACGACGAUGUCAGCGAGAAGCGCAAUCAUCUGUCCUAUGUGAUAAUCAAUCCGAGCUGUGAUCUGAAGCUGGAGGAGGGCGAUCUCAUCUAUUUGGUGCGACCUUCACCGUUUUCGGCCCAAAAGACAUUCGAACGCCACAAUUCGAGGCGCAAGUCGAACAUCUCGUUCUGUUCGAACAUCAACUUGGGAGCCACAUGCGGUCCACAAAUGCCAAAUAUGCCCAACACCGCCGUCGGAGCUGGUUCGCGUCGCGGCUCCGGCAUCGCCGGUUUGAACCCCAUGCAAAUGCAAAGCGUUCAGACAUUGGCCGGGUAUGGAUCAUCGCAGCGCUGUACGCCCCCGAUGCAGCAAAUUAAAUCGAAUUCUCUUUCUCUACCCGACAGUCCGACGGUGGUUGGCUCACAGCGCGGCAGGAGUAACUCAUUGCGGAUCGACAACGACAUUCUGUUGCGUCGCUCCUCCUCGCUGCGUCAGGGAUUGCCCAGCGUUGGGGUUAGUCAUGGCAGACGCAAGUCAUCGCUGGAGGAGAUCGGCAUCAGUCACUUCACAACGCUCAUGCAGGCAACGAAUCACAGUAAUCCCAUCAAGAUUUCCCUCAACGGCAGCAUCGGCAUGGAGAAUCAAAUUUCAUUGCAAGUCACGCCGCCAGAGGAGCCCACGCCCAUGUUGGGUGUCCCCUGUGUCCUGGGAGGCGGCGGUGUCGGUGGCAUCAAUCCCUCAGCGCUGGGCGGCAGCUCAAGCGGCGGCAUGCUGGGUGCCAGCUCAUCGCUGGCCAUCAACACCGCAGAUCUGGGACCGGGACCGAGCACGUCGUCGGGUGCCACGCUGCAGGCGCAGGAUUCGCUGCCGCAGUCGUCGCAGGUGUCGUCGCCGCAGCAUCUGCAGGGCACGAUUGUAUGAUACAACCUUAUGUGGGGUCGCCGACUCCGCUCAUCGAUGUCGAAGAACAAGUGGAUAUAGAAUACGGCCAGCACACACAGACGUAGAGAUAAGUUCUAGGUGGCAACUUGUGUAAUGUUAGGGCUAACUGCUGUACAACCCCAGUCCAAUGCUAAUUAGAUUCUAAACAUUGUCUAAGCGAGCUAGCGAUGGUUGCGUGACACGAGCUAGGAAUUGAUACAAACACGAAACGAAAGGAAAAUCCAAAUUGAAUUUUAAUUCAAAUCAUUCAGUUCAGUUAGCUUUUUGUUCAUUUAUCCACUAAUUACCCUUUUAUCGUGUCACGCUUCCAUCUCUAAGCUAAUGAGAUAAUAUAUGUAUUUACCUAUCCAACCCACCCGAUAGCAGUCAGUGUAGCCUGUCAGUGUCUGUGGUGUGUGUCUCAGCUAAUGUGUUAAUUCUAGUAUCUACGCCUGUUGAGGCGUGUCCCCGCACCCCCGCUCCACCAAUUUCCCAUUUAUUUAUUUUGCGUAAAUAGCCAAGUGAAGCGUAGCCUUUAUAAUACAAUAUCCAUAGGGUGUGGUCUCAAGACGAUAAUAAUAAUAAUGAUGAUGAUGAAGAUGAUGAUGAUUAUCGUUUUGCUUAUUACAAAACUAUGCCUAAUAAGUAUAUGAGUAGCAAUAAAUUGUAUUCGAAAUUCGUUCGGUAUGCUUUAUAUUCAAAUGAGGCAAUUGUGUUUUUGGGAACAACAAAGUAGUUAAACUAUUGGCAUAUGAAUGAGGUAUUAACCAAUUAGCUAGCUGUACAUAUGCACAUACAUCACCCAUGUAUGUGUAUUUAGUUGAUAAUGCAUUCAAAAUAGUUUUUAAUCAAAAGUCGAUUCAUUUCUAGCAUAUCUCUAAUGACAAUUAGCUGCCCCCUGAACAAAAUAGGCUCAACAUUAAAUUAAAGGGCAUUAAAUAAAUUUCAAAAAAAAAAAGAAAAGCUUUUUAGCUAAAAAAAAAGAAGAUUAUAUUAUACUAUGUAUAUAACUUAGUUAUAGGCAGAUUAUUAUAUUGAUCCAUUUGUUAUUGAUUUUAUUUAAGAUUAUUAUGCAAUAUUUAUAAAAUACAAUUCUCACAGCAACUUCCUUAGGUUUCAUAUGUUGCACAGUUAUCACUUUGAUAUUUUCCCUUUAUUACUUUUAAGAAAGGUGCUAUCAAUGUUUUCGUACCACACAUCUCCAAAAUUCUGUUCUUUUUUUGAAAUAUAAUAUGUAUAACUUGAAAAUGUGUCGAGAAAAACGGUUUUCAGAACGGCUUUGGUAUACUCUAAUGCUUUACGAAACAACAACAAAGUAUAAAAAAAAAACAAAUUUAAAAAAUUAUAAAAUCGAAAAGAAAACAAAAACUAUACUAUGUAGUUGCUGUAUAUAGUAGAGAUAUGUUUAAGAUCGAAGCAUUUCAAGGAACUGCUGCAAAACAAACUAUUAGAACUUAAACUACAAAAAAUGCGCAAAACAAACGAAACUAGUUCUAUAAAUUAUGAAUACAAAUUAAAUAUGUACGAGUAUUUAGUAGAUAAGCACUUAGUUCGGUUGAGGGCCGUGCUCAAAGCCUAAGCCUAAUAGCUAUACGAAAAAAACUGUACCAAGAUCCCAAUGAGCUAUACACAGAAGAAGAAGACGAAGAAGAAGAACCCAGCACCUCCCCAAAUAACUGUAUAUAUAGUAACGAUGUAUACUUUUAUGUAUAACUCACACCUAACUAAUUGUAUUGUAUUUGUAAUUGUAGUAAGAAGUAUUAAAGGAGGCACCUAACUAAGCUGAACCCAGACACGUCCCAAUAAUACAAGGAAAUUUAUUAAUUAGCCUAUACAAAGUACCUACCCACACUCACACACACACACACUAAAACACACACUCGAUUAUAAUACUAUGUAGAGCACAGACAGUUUUAUAAGUGAAUUUUACUCGAUCAUAUUUCGAAGAAAAGAAUAUUAAUUAUACUAAAUAUGAUCAUGAUAUGCAUUCCAGUGUCUCAAGAACCUACAGAAAAGUGUGCAUGCAGCGACAUGCACGCCUAGAUAAGCCUAAGCUUAGCACACCUAAAAGAAAAGAAAAAAAAACAAACAAACAAACAUAUAUAGUAUCUAUAUUGUAUAACACUAAGUAAUGUACUUAGCAGCCACUACAACUUAGCAAUUAGUCAAUGUCUCAAUGUACAAAACUCAGCUAAGGGCGACGCCCUCAAUUGCAUAUGAAGCAAGAGAAAGAAAGAACCACAAAUAACAAUUAACAAAAGGCAAACAAUUAAUAAUAAAACAAAAACAACAAAUGUACUUAUUUAAUAAUGUAUAAUUGCUAUAGAGAGCAUAUUAUGGUUAGAUUAUAUAUAUAUAUAAAACUUGCUGUAAUAUUUAAC